AGUAUAUCCAUGUAUCUUGCCCUUGAACACUCUUCUCAAGAUGCCUACAACCGAAUAUGUAGAGCUACAACACGCAACUUUGAGAGUGCAGAAGGAAUCGAUGAAAUGCUCAGUUUUUAUGCUAUCGAGAAGUUCAUCGCAAAAUACACAGGAGUCGAGUCUGUAGAGCAUGACAUGAGUCUGCAAUCGUGUCUCGCAUUCAUCAGUCCAUACUCCAAUGACAGCACUUGUUCAUUAUGC